AUGGUGGUCGGGGUAGAGCCCGACGUGGAGGAAAAGGCGGAGAGGAUGAGGGCACGUAGUGGUGGAGACAACGAUGGUGAUGGUGGAGAUGAUGGUGGUCGUGGUAGAGGAUAUGACGGUGGUGACGGAGGUGGUGGUGGAGGAUAUGACAGGGGUGGUCAUGGAGGUGAUUAUGGAGGCCAUGGUGGUGGACGUGAUGGUGGUGAGGGUGGUGGUGGUUUUGGUGAUAGUAAUGGAGGUGGUAAGGGUGGUUGUCAUGGUGGAGGAGGUGAUAGUGGUGGUAGUGUUGGCCAUCAGGGAGAUGUAUAUAGUUGCGGUGGAUAUGAUAGUUAUGGAGGUGGUGGAUUAUGCAGUGACGGAGGUGGCGGAGUGGUCAAACGAGAGUUUGGUGAUUAUUUCGUUGGGGUUCCUAGCAGUGAUGUGGCGAUGCACGAGAGUCAGACGUACAUUAGCCCAGGUGAGUGCUAUCGGGCUUGCUUGGCAGUGAGGGCCUUAACGCGGAGUUUGGAAGUUCACGCUUCCUUGAGGAGAUUAGUGUGA